GGCGUGGCCGGGGGCGUGGCCGGGGGCCAUGGGGGAGCUGAGCGAGCUGGACCGGCAGAUCGAGCAGCUGCGGCGCUGCGAGCUCAUCAAGGAGAGCGAGGUCAAGGCCCUGUGUGCCAAGGCCAGGGAGAUCCUGGUGGAGGAGAGCAACGUGCAGAGGGUGGAUUCGCCCGUCACCGUGUGUGGUGACAUUCACGGGCAGUUCUACGACCUCAAGGAGCUGUUCAGGGUGGGGGGCGAUGUCCCCGAGACCAAUUACCUGUUCAUGGGCGACUUCGUGGAUCGUGGCUUCUACAGCGUGGAGACCUUCCUGCUGCUGCUGGCCCUCAAGGUGCGCUACCCCGACCGCAUCACCCUGAUCCGGGGCAACCACGAGAGCCGCCAGAUCACGCAGGUUUACGGCUUCUACGACGAGUGUCUGCGCAAGUACGGCUCCGUCACCGUGUGGCGCUACUGCACCGAGAUCUUCGACUACCUCAGCCUCUCGGCCAUCAUCGACGGCAAGAUCUUCUGUGUGCACGGGGGCCUGUCGCCCUCCAUCCAGACACUGGACCAGAUCCGCACCAUCGACCGCAAGCAGGAGGUGCCCCACGACGGGCCCAUGUGCGACCUGCUCUGGUCCGACCCCGAGGACACGACGGGCUGGGGCGUGUCCCCGCGGGGCGCCGGGUACCUGUUCGGCAGCGACGUGGUGGCUCAGUUCAACGCCUCCAACGACAUCGACAUGAUCUGCAGGGCCCAUCAGCUGGUGAUGGAGGGCUACAAGUGGCACUUCAACGAGACCGUGCUCACCGUCUGGUCGGCCCCCAACUACUGCUACCGGUGUGGGAACGUGGCUGCCAUCCUGGAGCUGGACGAGCACCUGCAGAAGGAGUUCAUCAUCUUUGAGGCGGCGCCGCAGGAGACACGUGGGAUCCCCUCCAAGAAGCCCGUGGCCGACUACUUCCUGUGACCCCCUGCCCGGGGCCACCUGCGGCCACCACGGGGCUAGUGGGACCAGUAGGGGAUGGGAGGUGGCUACUGGACCCUUUGUGAGGUGGCCACAGCUGGUGGCACCUGGGGAGAGUUGGUGGUGACACCAUGUUCCUCAUCCCUUCCUUGGCCACCAUGAGGUCACUCGAGGCUCCUGUGGCCACCUGAGGUCACCCAGUGGCCACUGGGACCAGUAGGGGAUGAGGGGUGGCUACUGGACCCUCUGUGAGGUGGCCACAGCUGGUGGCACCUGGGGAGGGUUGGAAGUGCCACCAUGUUCCUCAUCCCUUCCUUGGCCACCAUGAGGUCACUCGAGGCUCCUGUGGCCACCUUGGGGCUCCUGUGGCCACCUGAGGUCACCCAGUGGCUACUGGGACCAGUAGGGGAUGGGAGGUGGCCACUGGACCCUCUGUGAGGUGGCCACGGCUGGUGGCAUCUGGGUGGGGUUGGGAGUUGCCCCAUUCCUUGUCCCCUCUGUGGCCACCAGAAGCCACCAACCCCCUCCCAGUGGCCACCCCAUGACCUUUGGUGACCUCCCAUGACCUUUGGUGACCCCUCAUGACCCCUGGGGACUUUUGGGGCCCCCCUGUAACCCCACAUGACCUUUGGUGUCCUCCCAUGACCUCUGAUGACCUUUGGGGUCUCCCUGUGACCCCCCAGUGACCUCUGGUGUCUUUUGGGGUCCCCCAUGACCCCUGCUGACCUUUGACAACCCCCCCAUAGCCCCCGAUGACCUUUGGGGCCCCCCAUGAGCUUUGGGGACCCCACAUGACCUUUGAUGACCCCCCGUGACCUCUGGUAACCUUUGACGACCCCCAUGACCUCUGGUGACCUUUGGUGACCCCCAGUGACCUCUGGUGACUUUUAGGGUCCCCCAUGACCUCUCAUGAUCUUUGGGGUCCCCCAUGACCUCUGGUGACUUUUGGGGUCCCCUAUGGCCCCUCGUGUCCCCUGGUGACCUUUGGGGCUCCCUGUGACCCCCAGUGACCUUUGGCGACCCCCAGUGACCUCUGGUGACUUUUAGGGUCCCCCAUGACCUUUGGGGUCCCCUAUGGCCCCUUGUGUCCCCUGGUGACCUCUGGGGUCCCCCAUGACCUCUGGUGACCUCUGGGGUCCCCCAUGACCCCCAGUGACCUCUGGCGACCUUUGGGGUCCCCCAUGACCUCUGGUGACCUUUGGGGCUCCCUGUGACCUUUGGCGACCCCCCCGGUGACCUCUGGUGACCCCCCCCGGGGCCCCUCCCCUCCCCC